CUCUUGCCUGCUGGGAGUCAUAAAACCCAAGAUUAGAAAGGAAAACCAGCAUUUGCUCAGGCAGCCUCUCUGGAAAGAUGCCGCUUCUUCCUCUCCCCCUGCUACUCUUUUUCCUGUACUCCAGAGCUGAAACUGGGGAGAUCAUCGGAGGCACAGAAUGCAAGCCACAUUCCCGCCCCUACAUGGCCUUCCUGGAAAUUGUCACUUCCAGGGGUCCCCCGAAAUUUUGUGGUGCCUUCCUGAUAAGACGGAACUUUGUGCUGACAGCUGCUCACUGUGCAGGAAGGUCUAUAACAGUCACCCUUGGAGCCCAUAACAUAACAGAGAAAGAAGACACAUGGCAGAGGAUUGAGGUUGUCAAGCAAUUCCGUCAUCCAAAAUAUAACGAGUCUACUUUUCACCACGAUAUCAUGUUACUAAAGUUGAAGGAGAAAGCCAACCUGGCACUGGCCGUGGGGACACUCCCCCUUCCACCCCAAUUCAACUUUGUCCCACCUGGGAGAAUGUGCCGGGUGGCUGGCUGGGGAAGAACAGGUGUGACGGAGCCAAUCUCAGACACUCUGCAAGAGGUGAAGCUGAGACUCAUGGAUCCCCAGGCCUGCAGCCACUUCAGAGACUUUGACCACAAUCUUCAGCUGUGUGUGGGUAAUCCCAAGAAGACAAAAUCUGCAUUUAAGGGAGACUCCGGGGGCCCUCUUCUGUGUGCUGGGGUGGCCCAGGGCAUCGUAUCCUACGGACGGGUGGACGCAAAGCCCCCUGCUGUCUUCACCCGAAUCUCCCAUUACCGGCCCUGGAUCAACAAGGUCCUGCAGGCAAAUUAACCCUGGAUCCUGAGCCAGCUUUAAACAGAACCUGGAACUGGACCUGAGCAGCAAAGUGUGUGCCACUCAUUCUGGCCUGCCCUUGGUCCCUUGGCCACAACCCGGAGCCUCCAGAAGUGUCCUACCAGUCACAGAACUCUCAAUAAACCUCAAUAAAGAUCCA